AGAAGGAAUAAAGAGGAGAGCGCAGGAGAGGAGAGUCUGCAGAGGAAGGUGAACUACUCACUAACUGUUUCAUUUCAUUACCUAGGAUUUGCAUCAGCACUUGGAGAAAAACAAGAGAGUGAACAAAGCAGGAUCUUCAGGAGAACUAAAGAUGGAGUGGUAUGUGUUGGUGUUGAUGCUCAGUUUGCCCUCUUUAUCCUGGGCUGGCUGCUCUGAACAGUGUCUCAAAUGCGCCCUGCAGAUCUCCGACUCACCGCUCAACCUGCUGACCUGUACUUUAGAGUGCGACGGGACGCUGACGUCCAGCAGCGAGCUGAAUCGGUGCGAGAAGAUCUUACGGGAUCGACCCGAGGACGAUCUACAGGAUCCGACGGUGUCCAAUCCGGUCAAGCGUUAUGGAGGAUUCAUAAAAAGGAUCGAGAAAAACAAAAAAAACCUGCUUAUUUCACCCUGGAGGGAGAACGCUGUAGAAAAGGGGUCACUGGCAAAGAAAUACGGCGACGCCAUUUUAAAAGUGAUGGAGAGAAACACACCCGAGCUGACCGAGGAGGUCGAAGGUGAAGAACGAACUGGGACCGGAGACUGGGAACGUUCAGAGAAUGAACUGGGACUUUACGACAGUUCGUUUCCGCUGAACGAGGUGAAACGUUAUGGUGGCUUCCGGCGAAAAUUCGUCCCCAAAAGAAGUGAGUCUGAAGAAGAAACCGGCCAACAGGAGCUGCAGAAAAGAUACGGAGGCUUCAUGAGAAGAAUCCGUCCUAAAUUAAACUGGGACAACCAGAAGAGAUAUGGCGGCUUUUUACGACGUCAUUUCAAAAUUUCCGUGCGUUCCGACGAGGAGCCUUCGUCAUACGACGAAUUUGGUCUUUAAAGUGUUUUGUAAAGAAUGAAAAAGUAGCUGAACUUAUAACCGGCUCAUGAAGCCUCAUGACUUUUUGUUGUACUAGCCAAAAAAUAUGCUGCUAAACGCGUGGAGCCCAAAUCCACUGUACAACCCGCUCUUUACAGCACGUGUGUGUUAAAACUCCGCCAUGUUUCUGUUAGGUUUAAACAAAUCCCAUGCGUGCUGUAUUUUAAUGCUUGUUUUGAAAUCACAAUAAAGGGAGAGACCUUUGAUUCGCCA